AUGCUAGAAUCCUUCUUGUUGCCGCACCUUAACACGGCUCUGUCUGCAGUGUUUGAAGAUCUCGAGCCUCAUCAGCUGUACGCAUCUAUAUUGGGGGGUAGCUUGGUUCUACGGAACUUGAAACUCAAAAAGGAUGCCUUGGCGCCUCUAUCGAUACCGGUGGAUGUUACAUAUGGGCAUAUAGAAAAGCUCGAAAUCAAACUUAAUAUUCUUCGUCUACUUACCGGUCCCAUAGUCAUCAACGCUGAAGAUGUACUGGUAGUUGGUACUACCCAACCUCCAUCUGCAUGGAAUGUUGAGAGAGAGGAAUUUUUACGUGAUCAGCAGCGGAAUCUUACUCUCUUAACGGACGAAUGUUUGACGUAUGCGCGGGAAGAAUCAGGUCUUCCCUCUGUGCUACAACGAGCAGCAUAUGCAAUUAUUCAACGAAUCCGGUUGUCUGUGACCAGGUUAGAAGUGAGGCUGGAAGACACAGAAACAGCUUCAGGGCAGCACUUUGCUUUUGGCCUGCGAGCAGCACGCCUGUUUAACGUUCGCUGUGACUCCAACUGGGAAGCAGAAUGCCAGCCUUCCACGGCCGUCGGCACAUCAUGCAACACCAGCGCCAGUAAUGCGCCGACCUCAAACAAUGCAUCUUCGCAGAGUUGGUUUGACUGGCUAAAGUCUUUCGCUGGGAGGCACGUAAACAAAGAAUCCCCUGACGAGAAGAUUCCUGAGUCAUUCCACUUGAAAACAGUCAUGGAAGGUUCGUGUGUAUAUUUAGACCCAAUCAAUAGUGGCCAUGAGCACGUCUCGUGGCUUCCAUACCCAGCCGUGUACAGAGCAACGAUAAUUGAAGAGCUGCAGAAGUAUCUUCUUCUGGAUUAUCACUACUCGAGUGCGAAAGAUGCAACACCUUGGUCCAUUUUUAGGCGUCCCCGGCAAGGAGAGGGCCAUGGCAUUGCAUCGUUUUUACCAGUAAGCACCCUCAGCCAAGCUGUGCUCGCUAGACGAAUGCGGGACGCCGCCAGUUCUGGCAAUCCCGUACCCAAAUCAGAUGAACAACGGCUACCGGAAGUGAGUAACGUAGACAAGAGAACGGGAAACUCUAAAUUUCACCCUCUUGCUGCAUUUGGGACACCAAAAACUGCUGAGGGCUCGUCCUACAAUGCUCACAAGCAGAAGCCAUCUGAAUUCCUGCGGUUCAGCGACUUGUAUUGCCCAAAGAUGUUUUGGCAAAUUGCAAAUCGUACUGCUCCACAUCACAUGUAUAUCCUAAAGCCAGGAGAGGUGGAACUAAGAGUGAGGGAACUUACACCAAAAGAGGACGAGAUGGCGAAAUACCGGUUUGCGUGGCGCCGCCAUCUCGUGCGCUAUGCUUUGAAUGCUACAAACAAUGGAAAGGCGCUUAACUUGCAAAUAAAGUCAGGGCAAACUAGGGUUGCGUUUACUUCCCAAAGUGAUGCUGAAGCCGCGGACUGGGAUGCCCAGGAAGCCACCGACGAAAAGUUUAUUCGGGAAUUCGAGGCAAAGUAUUGGCCGACUGUAAUUCUUCCCUUACGGCAGUUGGCCCUUCAAGACUUAAAGCAGAAAGUGUGCUUUGGUCAAUCUUCUCGCAUGACAAGCCUGUCACAGCAACAGUACGCAGUAGAUGGUGGGACCGUCAUUCCCUAUCGAACGUUGGAAGGAGGGCAAUUAGGAAGCGUAAAGCAGCGAGGUGACGGCGCUGGUCUGGAAAGUGGCGUUGCGUCGUAUGGUAAUGGAGGACAUACCACCUCAGUGCAAGGGCUGAUGGAGGACAUGGCAGACGAAUUGUCUGUGGCUUCUGAAGCAGAGCAACAAAUGAUAAAGUGCAUACAACAAAUGCAACCAUGCCGGCUUGCCAAAAGUGUCCAGUUUACCGUGCAACUAUACGAUCUGGAGGUGACACUGGCGGCAGCAUACGAGGCACCUGCAUGCAUACGUGUAAAAUUUGAUGAGUUAUAUACCCACGCUGCAAUGUACUAUGACCUCCGCAUGCAAUUUGUUACCGCAUUUGAAGGCGUCCAAGUCACUGACAGCCUCAUGCCGAACUUAACCCAUCGUCGUGUAGUAGUAAGCCGGUCGUGUACCAAAUCCUGCAGGGAAGCCCGGCGGUUAUCCGAGUCUUGGAGAGGGUCUCACAGGGAUACUACAGCUGAAGCUGUCCUUUCUUCCUAUGGAUGUACAAGUUGUGGUUCUAAUAGUAUUCACGGAACUCCACCGCUGUCACCACUUCAACCUGUUAACACUGCUUGUAUUCUGGACUGGAGCACGAACUGCAUACGGCAAAGCGGUUGCCCAUUACAAUAUUCGAAGAAAGAGCAUGAAGGCGAGAUCCGCAAUAAUCAGGAUGCCCCUGCAGGGGGGUGGUUGCGUUUUGACAAGUCCUUCGUGCCACUAGAAGGCAUCCCUGAUGUACGCCUCUACCUUCAGACGCAUGGUUCGCUGCUUUGCACAAUCACACCAGCUGCAGUUGCAUAUGUUGUGGAAGCUCUGCAACAACCGGUCCAUCUGGUGGAAGGAAGCAGCAUCCUGGAGGCGGCUAGCAGGGAAGUCCAAGAAGCACUGCGAAGGAAUGAACUAUUCUUUGCCCAGCUACUUGUUGGGGAGGUCGACCACCUAACAGUGGAUGUUUGUGUAGAUAUACCGGUUUCACACAAGUUCCUGGUUCCCUUCAGCCAUGAGGUCUCCCAAUGCCGUGGCGUUCUCUUUCAGUCCGGAGUAGUGUCGGUUGACAGCAGCUUGAACCCACCGCAGCUGCAGGCGCUAGCAUCUAGUCACACCUGCAUUGGCAAACCAUACGAUAGAUAUUCGAUCGUCAUUACAGGGGCCUGUUUGCAGCGAGUAAUAAAUUGCCAACUGAUUGAAUGCAGCCCACAUGCUUAUAUGAUAGAUCCAUAUUCUCCCUUGAAGGAGAAAGGGGACAGUGCACAAGGAUGCUCAGUUGCCUUAAAGAAGCGAGGGACUCAGGAAGUCUCCCCACACAACAUAUAUACGUCUACAGGGACAAAAUGCAGACGAUGGGAGGAACUGCACGCAAACUCUUCCUCUAGGCGCCUCAAGGCACCGAGUUCAGAUAGAACGGACAACAGGUUAGACAUCGUGACCCCGCCAGCAGCGUGCGAAGCUAAUGAAGCCAACAGCAAGUUCGACAAGGAUAUCGUGGCUUUCACCGGAUUCCUUGCCACAGUGCAAGCUGCACUAAAGGUUGUUGCCCAACUGUGGGAUGCACCAUUGGCAGUUGAUGAAAACGCAGAUGUCAAGCCUUUCUCAGGCAGCACAAGUUCUGCGACGCUGUCAUUGACGGAGACGAAGGAGUCAUGCAGUACCAAACUGCAAAUGCUUCGUUCUUUUACAAGGACCAACAAGGUAGGCCUUUACUUUCUGGAGGUGACGCAAGUCACAGGAAUACUGAUGCAAUCGUUUGCAUCAGAAGACAUGGCGGCUGUUGUCCAUAUUUGCAAUGACUCAUCCCUGCCACUCACGUGA